AUGAUCCUGAUGAGUAUUCAUAUUACUGGCAUUACUUCGGAGCUUCGGAGUUAUUUUAAUAGGAAGAGUGGAGGUGGAUCUGUUAUGGUGGAGACAGCUAUUGGUUUCAACAGGCAAGUGGGUUUCAUCUUUCUAGAUGGUCGGCAAAACUCGUCUAAAUACAUGGAAACACUAAGAGACCAUCUCAUGCCAUUUGCAGAAAACAUUAAAGGACAGAAUAGGAUGUACCAGAAUGACAAUGUUCCCAUUCAUACUUCUAAUAUUACAAAUAAGUACUUAGACAUGGAAAAUGUCACUGUUUCUGAGUGGCGACCAAUAAGCGACGAUUUUAUCCAGAUCGAAAAUGUGCAGGGUACUAUGUCUCGGCGAGUUUGCGAAAAUGAAAGGCAAUUUUCUUCUGUGAAUUCCUUAAAAGCAGCCAUCUAG